GAAUGAUUCGGCGAUUCGCGCAUUUUGCGGGUAUCGCGGGACACCACGUACGCUAGCGACGUCGCUGGCCACUCGCGGCGGCGUACGCAGCGGCAGUGAUGACGUAUCGGCCAAUGCGCGCGGAGCGCGCGACGCGGACAGCCGACGCGCGAAACAAACGAGCCGUGCACACCGCUCUGAUCAUGUAGACGCUCCGAAAGCGCUCGAUCGCGACGAGAAAAAUCGACGUCUCAUUCACGAAGCGUGUGCCGCGUCGGCUGUGCGCGAUUACGCCGACCUAAGGGAACAUCCACGUGAAUGGCGGAACGCGUUUAAAACCACUGUUAAUCCCGAAAUCUGCAUAAAGAGACAGUAAUACGAGCGAUCAUCAAAGCUCAUUCAAAUACUCUCACGCGUCUUAUUAUUUGUUCUGACGAUGAUACAAGUGAUAGUGUAGUAGAACAGAAGGAAGAAUCUUCAGAAGGAAGAAUAUAUUGCGAGGGACAAAUAAAGACGGCGAGGAGGAGCAAGGUACAGGAUGAUCGGGCCAUCGUCGGGGUCGGCCGGCGAGAUCACGGACAGCCAGUGCCAUGCCUCCAAACGUAAGACAUUCAACGACUUGGAUAUCGACAACGCCAAACGAAGGAUCUUCGACGAACUGGACAUCGACAACUUCUGCGAGGAGGUUCGUCAGACGAGCCGCAAGUGUUACCUUCAAGAACUUGAGACGCCCGUCGAACUGUUAGCGUCAAGCGAGAUCAUCGCGAGUGCCGAUCUUCUCUCUCCGAUCACCGCCCAGGAAGCCAUCGAGGAAUCAUCGGUAGCGCGUCUCGAGGUGCUGCUGGUGGACGGCACCAACUGUACCUGGACGACCGUGUCGGAGUUGGAGCAACAACAAAGUCUCGACGUCCUUGUCACCUCAUCCUCCUCAUCGUCAUCGUCAUCGUCAUCGUCACUGUCGUCAAUCUCUGGCGCCGAGCCAUCGUCCACGGAGAUCUAUACCGUCGAGGAGGCCAAUUAUCAGCCAGCAGUAUCGGUAAAUUAUUGGGAACCGGUUGCUGCACCCGCGGUGUCGCUCGCCAACUCAAAUCUCCAGCAAAAUAAGGGAACACCAAGCAAUAGUCAACCGCAGCAACAACAGCAGCAGCAGCAGCAGCAGUUUGAAGAUCAGGAGAAUGGAAAUCUGUCGUGGCUGCUAGACUUCAAACUGGAUUCAUUUAUUGAAGCCGCGGACGACAAGUCUACCGUACCUGCCACGAUGAGGGACGGUCAUUGUGGCAAAGGUAAGCCGAACGGACGGUUGCACGUCCCGAAUUACGCCAGCGACGUCAGAAGAGGAUACAGCAAUCUUGAAAAUUUGUCGGCAUAUCGACAAGACUCAAAUCAAACCACUUGUCUCAAUAGAACUGAAAACCGGAACUUUCCGUCUCCGCGCCCUAACGGACUAAAGAAGCCUCCAUUCACCUACACAGAAUUGAUAGAGCACGCUCUUCAGGAAAGGGGCGAGCUCACCGUGUCGGCGAUUUAUCAGUGGAUCUCCGAGCGUUUUCCCUAUUACAAGAGCAACGAUGAUCGCUGGAAGAAUUCUGUGCGGCACAAUCUCUCAAUAAAUCCACAUUUCCGAAAAGGAUCGAAAGCGCCGCAUGGAGCUGGUCAUCUGUGGGCGAUCGCAAAUCGCAGUGAUUACAGGCCACGUCCGCUCGUCGUUAACGACGCGUCGACGCGUCCGGCCGCGAGAAACGACUGCGACGAAUCUCAAAACAAUGGAAAUAUCAUUAGCGAUAUUAUGAUGGACGAGGUAGAAGCUGCGACGGCGAGCAUCGCGCAACCGAAUGCCGAAGAGGACGCGGACGGGAUCUUGAACUCCGUGACGCUCGAGCAUUCCGCCGAGCAGAUACUCAACGGCAUAAAACGCGAGGUGGAAGUGCAAUAUUUAGUUCCCAUGAUGGUGGCCAACAACGCGCAGGAUGCGAAUCAGCAGCAGAGUCAACAAAUCACGCAAACCGAUCUCGGGUGUUCCUUCAAGGAAAGCGAUUUCUUGAACCCGGUGUCGAAGGAGGUCCUCGCCGAGGAAUGCGGCCUGAUAAGCGAGGGAUAUCUGGUCACCGAUCUGAACCCGAACGCCCUUGGAUUGAACGUGGCCGAUGCCGAGAUUAUAGGCUCGGAGAAUCUCUUCGGCGAGGAAUUGAGCUUUCAAUUUUAUGAAUUGACAUCGCCGUCGCAGGUGCAAUCCGCCUGACACACGGAGAGCAACAAAGUACGUUUUAUCCUGAUCGACGAGCUGCAAAUACAGAACGCGCGGGCGCGCGACGAUAACGGUGAUCAGUUGGUUCGCAGCGUCACCGAGAUCGACAAUGAUUGCGAUCCGGAGCGAGAAAACGCUCAGAGAAAGCCAGCUCUCGGCACCGACGAGGGCAACGAGACGUUGUGCGCGAUGACAAGCUGAUCUCGCUGGUGUCACGCUGCUGGAAGAUCCUUGCGAUAACGAUCUUCAAGAAUGUUCGAUCAUUUUAGCCGGCGCGGCUG